AUGACAGGUCUAUUAAUGGCGUCCAAGAGCCGUUUCAGUGGAGCUGGACAGCGCCCAUUGCCCGACCUGACACAGGGGCAGAACGCGGAUGCUUCAGGAACCGCGAGAGGAUGUGUAAUUUCCCGGCACUGGGAGGGCGACAAGGUAGACCAAUGGGCGGGCACGAACGCGAAGCGCCCGGAUGUACCUGCAGGAGGACCAGGUUCCCGGCGCUUCGACCGAAUUGGAUUGGUUGGACUGUCGGAUUUGUGA